AUGGCUAAUCUAACGGUGUUGGACUUAAGAAGGAACAAUUUCACUGGGAGUAUUCCACCAUUAUGUGCGCAGAACACUUCAUUGAGAACCAUUGUCCUGAAUGGUAAUCAAUUCGAAGGACCUGUCCCGAUGUCAUUGCUCAACUGUGAUGGUCUAGAAAUCCUUGAUGUGGGGAAAAACACGAUAGAUGACACAUUUCCAGCUUGGCUCGGAACUCUUCAAGAGCUAAAGGUCCUUAUAUUAAAGUCAAACAAGUUCCGUGGACCUAUAAGUACUUGUCAAGCUAAAUUUUGCUUUCCCAAGUUGCGAAUUUUUGAUCUUUCUCGUAAUGAAUUCAGUGGCUCACUUCCUGCAAAAGUUUUUGGAAACUUCAAGGCAAUGAUCAAAUUAGAUGGCGAAGACAAAGGAGAGACCAAGUACAUGAAACCACUGAUUCAGAAUGAAUUUAGUGACAUAAGGAUUGACAAAUCAUCGAGGUAUAUGAUAGCAAUAGUCAGCGAUGAAGUGUACAAGGAUUCAUUGAGGUUGGUGAUCAAAGGUCAGGAUAUUGAGGUAGAAAGAAUCAGCACAAUUAUGACAACCAUAGAUCUCUCAAGCAACCAUUUUGAAGGUGUCAUUCCGAAAACACUAAAGGAACUCAACUCACUUUGGCAACUCAAUUUAUCCCAUAACAAUCUCACAGGUCAUAUUCCAAUGGGUUCCUCAUAUAUUAGCAUAUGUACAAGUCGAGGGUCUACAGAAACAGCUACCUUCUCAAGGUACACACCACUUGUGGAAUUAAUUACACUAGAUAUGUUAUGUUAUUACUCUGAUUCUUUAUUGAAUACCUAA